ACCAUCACAUUCCACCACCACAUUUUUAGCAUUGCAUUGAUCACCAUUCUUAACAGUUAACCAAGCACAAAUUAAUGUUUUUGUUUCAUUGUUCUGUAGACUAAUGUUCACUGUGUUGUCCUCGUUCAAGAUCAACCCCAGUCAGUUAUGGCUUCCAAAGCUCUAACCAACCACUCUCUCUCCUCAAAUUCAUCCACGUCAUUAUUAACAUCCAUAACCAAAGCUCUCCAUUCCGUCAAACCCCAGUUCCUCAACAACACCGCACCAAAAGCACCCAAAGAAAUCCCUAUUCUUACCCAAUUCACCCCUCAUUUAAACCCUAAUUUAGUCAUCCAAGUUAUCAACAACCAAACAAACCCUUACCAUGCUCUCGUCUUCUUCGAUUGGGCUUGCAGACCAUCUCCUAACCCUAGAAAGUACUUCCAUACUUUCCAUUGUUACAAUGCCAUGUUUGAUCUUCUUCUCUCUCAUCGACUUUUCACCACUGCUACCCAGUUCCUUGAAUCCCAUAAUAAGCUAUGUGACUUUCUUAUUGCGAAGCUAAUCAAUGCUUUUGGUGUUGAGCGCGAUGUUCGAGGUGCUAUAGAUUGGUUUAAUCGUGCGAAAAUGGUGGAGAAAGAUGGUAAUUGUAUAAGUUCGUGCAAUACUUUGUUGGGUGUUUUGGUUAAAACAUGUAGGAUUAGAUUGUGUCGUGCUGUAUUUGAUCGGGUUGUUGAGGAGGGUGUGAUUAGAGUGGAUGUUGUUACGUAUACGACGAUGAUUCGAGGGUAUUGUAAAGUGGGGAAGAUGGAGGAUGCAUUGAAGGUGUUUGAUGAAAUGCGGUGUAGGCCGAAUUUGGUUACUUAUGGGGUUUUGUUGAGUGGGUUUUGUAGGAAGGGUAUGAUGGUUGAGGCAAGACAAAUGGUUGAUAAGAUGAUUAUGAAAGGGGAUUGUAUGCCGGAUUUGGUUACGUAUUCGACGUUGAUUGAUGGGUAUUGUAAGAAGGGGGAUAUGGAGGCGGCAUUGAUGUGUUUUGAUGAGAUGGUUGUGCAAGGUUUUGAGCCGAAUUUGAUUAUUUAUAAUGCGGUUGUUAAUGGGUAUUGUUUGAUUGGUAAGGUUGAUGAGGCUAAGAGGAUGAUGACUAAGAUGAGAUUGGAUGGUGUAAAGGAUGAUGUUGUUACGCAUACGAGCUUGUUGAGGGGGUUUUGUGUUGUUGGGAGAUUAGAUGAAGCUUGUCAACAUUUGAGGGAUAUGAUUAGUUUAGGGAUUAAACCUGAUGUUCAAUCAUAUGGACUUCUUGUGAAUGAAUUAUGCAAGUUGGGAAAGGCUAGUGAGGCAAUUGUUCUUAUGAGGGAAAUGGUAGCACGUGGCGUGUAUCCAUGUAUUAGUAGUUGCAAUGCUGUGUUGAAAGCUCUUGUAGAAAGAGGGGAGCUUAAUGAAGCUGUAUUUUACUUGAAAUGGAUUCCCGCAAUCGGGCGUGCUCCCAACUUCGUUUCGUAUUUUACUGUUAUAUCUAGUCUAAGUAGGUCGGAAAGAGGGGUUCAACAAGUUGAGGAACUUAUGACUUCUAUGCUUCAAGACGGUCAUAAGGCUGACUCUUCUAUAUAUAGUUGCUUAACAAGGAUGUAUACUAAAAAUGGUGAACUGGAAAAGGCAUCUCGCGUUCUCUGUGAUGCUUUGAGGGAUGGAUGUGUGAUUAAUCUUGACAGUUUUGCUGUGUUUAUUGAGGGAUUAUACGCAAGAGGAAAGAUGUCUGAUGCUGAACAACAUUCUCAAGAGUUACUUGAAAAAUGUUCAGUUACUAUGUUGGAGAAGUAUCAAAGGAUCUUAAACAAGCUAAAAUGUAAAUAUUCAGAUCACAAAGCCUAAUUGUUGCUACUAAGCAUAGAUGUGGACUCACACCAGCUCAUGAUCAACGUGCACGCAGCACGCUAAUACAUAGGCAAGGAGAGUACAGAAGGUUACAUAGGCCAUUGUCAAACUACCUCUUAGGUUUCAUUAAGCUCGUUAUAUGAUCAAUGCGAAAAACGUUAAAUUGGAUGAUUAGAGAAUGGAAUAAAGGAGAGAUUGGAAAGUAGCAGUUGGGUGAAUGAAGAUGGGCCUAUGCAUUUACUUAUAUG